CUUUCUACUCCUAAGGCUUGUAACAUCAACACUACAUGAAGGGUGAGAACCUUGUCCAUUAUAUACUCUUCUUUGCUGGAUCAGCUUAAAACACCAAGCAGUCAAGCACUUCGAACAUAGAGACUGGCAGAUGACUGACUGCGUAGACGCUCUAUAACAUCUUCAGAUAUCAGAAAAAUUUUACAAAGUCCAUGGAGACGGAAUCAGUUCGGGUACCUGCCGUGACCGACAAGGAAGAAAAGCUGUACCAGGCAGAUGAGAAUUACAAGGCAUCUCAGGGAGAUGUGCAGAGCGAUGACAAAGCAGAUACAAAAGAAGUCCAGAAACACAAAACACGUUUGAUAGUUACAGCAUUCACUGCUUUUGGGUGUUACACGUUUGUGUCAAAGGCCAUAGGGAGCGUGAUGUCACAGUAUUUAUACCAGCGUAUUGUUUAUGACUACUAUAAUGUUACUGACAACACAAAAACAACGGUCCUAUGUUCUCACGACAACGUCAACGACACAAUGGCCGACACGAAAAACCGCAUCGUGGCCGACACCUCUAGACUGAUAUUUCUCUUGGGCUACGCAACCUUCAUUCCUACUCUCUUCCUUAGCUUCUUCAUGGGUUCCUACUCCGACUACCUUGGGCGGCGGUAUGUUCAGUUCUAAAGCUAUUCUCUCUUAAACAUAUGCACAUUUUGGCGCGCGCACGCGCGCACGCACGCACUCACACAGUGGCUUAAGAACAAUGGAUGCAGCCGCCCCUCAAAAAAAAAA